UCCAGCCCGCGCUGCGACCAAUUGUGCUCUUUUAGGGGGGGGAGGACAAGCCUCUCACUGCCACACCAACAUUGUUUUUUUUUGUUUCUUUUUCUUUUUCUUCCUUCUCUGCUCUUCCCUCUCAACAAUUGUGGAUGGUGGGUUUGAAUCGGAAUUGAGUUGAAUUACAACAAUCGCACCAGCUGAGUGCGCCGGAUCGGAUGCAGUGGAAUUCGUGCGUGGAAUUCCGGGAGUUUUCGUUAAAUUAGACUAAUCUUGCAGGGUGAUUUUUUUGAGUUAGUAGCUUCGGGGAUUCUGGUCGCCUUAACACGCUCUGUGAUUGCGGAUUUGGGUUCAAAGUUGUCCACGGAGCUGUGAAUAGUUCUGUUUGGUGUUUGCUUGCUGUAGCACUACAGAGUGAAGGCCCUUGCCAUCAUAUUUGUUGUGUAUACGUUCACUACUUCCUGACCUCCAGAAUCUCUAUCCUUUCUUGGUGUCUGGGCCCGUUCAACCCACUUUAGCUCCAUGGCUUCACCUCACCUUCGUACGCCGGGAACGCCCAGUUUGCUGGAGCUGUGUAUAAAGGCAGCAACCCGUGACAAAUCUUGUGUCAAGGCCUGGCGCCAGAAGCGCAGGACGUUUGAAAUGUUGCCCUCGGAGCUUGCCCACGAGCUUUUCAAUUCUCUGCUGCAAUCCCACCUUCUGUCUGCAACCCUCAUCGGGUUAUUUCAGUCGAACUUACAAGAGGUUAAUUUGAGUGGAGAAGCAACUGUGGAUGGGGAAUGGAUGGCUUACCUUGGUGGUUGUCGUCACCUUCGAGCCCUUCGUGCCACAGAUUGUAAAGCAUUGACAAACAACGCUAUCAGGCAACUCACAGGGCUCACAGCCAUGGAAGAGUUGGACCUAGCUCGAUGCAGGAAGAUAAGCGAUGAUGCAGUGCCUCACAUUUUAUCAUUUAAGAUGCUACGAAAGCUUGGAUUGGCUGAAACUGGUUUAACGACGAAAGGGCUCUUACUGCUGCCUGGGCUUAGUAGACUCGUGCUCUUGGAUUUAGGGGGAUGCCCUGUUACUGAUGCGGACUUGAUAUCCUUCCAGGCGCUUGGAAUGUUGGAGCAUCUAGACUUGUGGGGAAGUAAAGUCACCAACAUGGGUGCACGUUGCCUGUCAUCCUUCAAGACCUUAAAGUAUUUGAAUCUUGCUAUGACGGCGGUCACUGCCAUUCCGCAGCUCAACUCACUCUUGUCAUUAAAUCUUUGCAACUGUGAUGUGGAAUCAAUAUACGGGGAUGGAACUUUCUCGGAUAGUCUGUUGAGAGAGCUUUUUCUUUCUGGAGCGAGUCUCAGUCUGAAAGAUGUAAUUUCUGGUUCUAAUACAAGGAAUUUACAUCUUCUGGAUCUUGCAUCAUCACGUGUCAAUGAUCUUGAUGCAUUCGUACACAUACCAAAGCUCGCCAUCUUGGAUUUGCGCGCAACAGGACUCACUAAUGAACUUAUGCUCAAGUUUCAGGGAUUGGGCGACAACCUCAGAUGGAUUGAUCUCAGUUACACAAAAAUUGACUCUGAGGGUGUAGGGGCCAUUGCAGGCCAUGCGCCAAAUGUGGAACAACUUUCUCUAAAUCAUACUCCAGUGGACGAUAAUGUUUUUAUCUACCUUGUUCAUUUCCCUGUGCUACAAUCUCUUAACCUUGGUGGCAGCAAAGUUAAUGGAUUCAUGACGGUUGGAUCUGAAGAGUUUCAACAAAUUUCGGUGUUGUCAUAUUUGGAGCAGCUUCAGCAUCUGAGAAGGCUCGAUAUGCGGUACACUGGAGUUGGCGAUGCAGCUUUACAUGGACUUAAAAACCUCGUGCAACUUUCACAUCUUCAUAUUCACAGUAAUUCCUUGUCAGAUGAGUGUCUUCAGCAGUUAUCAUCUUUCCCCAAUUUGGUGUGCCUCGGUAUUGGUGGCGCGACGAUAACAGCUGAUGGUUUAUUAUCUUACAAACCUCCCUCUCUUCUCGAGGAGCUAGAUCUUACAGACUGUUGGUUACUAACUGAACCUGCACUACUCGAUUUUUGUGAAGCUCAUCCUCGGAUAAUGGUUUGGAAUGAGAAAACCGUCCCUGUUACCAGUUCAUCAAAACCAAGAUUUAAUAAGAAAGAAUACGGAGAUGUGGUCAAUGGAGGAUUGGCCACCAGCUCUACUCGCCAACUGCUACAAGCAAAGCUAGAUAUGCGAAAGAGCUCUUCAAAAUUGUCCGUGAAAGGCCGGAUGCAAGCGACGAAAAAGGCUUUCAAUAACACCAUUGGUGUUGGAGUGACCACAAAGCCGCUGAUUGUAAUUGAUGAGAGAAUCAAGUACAAGAAGCAGGAACUUUUGCAACUUAGAUCUGCAGACAUGUCUAACUUUUCAAUUCCAAAUUUGAGAAAUCUGAAAGACGAUCUUCUGAAGAUUAGCAGGCAAAACGGCGAAGUCAGAAGGAAGAAAGUGUAAGAGCCAAAUCUGACCGCAGUAACCAACUCUGUGAUGUUGCAAUGUACAGGCUAUUGCUGACCACUUCACCAAGGGAUAGUAGAGUAAUAUGUCAUAAGACGAAAUCUCAAAUUCUUUGGUCUUUGGUAUUAAUUUGGCGUUUCCUUUGGAUUUCCAUAUAUUUUUAAUGGUAUACAUGGGUGUCAUACAUGAGGUUGAGGCUCUUUUUUCAACGAGAUUAUGACGUGAUGCGACUGCGCAGCCUUCAAAUUUACAACAAUGGAAGUAAUGCUCUUGUACAAUUGCUUUCAAAGUACAAUGGGACGGCACUCUUCGUCUGCAGAUUUUGUAUGGGAUGUAGAUAUGUCGCAGACAGCAUUUUGGUUUUUCUUAAGACAUGCUCUUAUUGAGUGAAGUUACGAAAUGUAACCUAUUUUUCAUGAAUUCAGCAACCAAAAAUUGACGUCA